AUGCCGACGGAAAUCCUUGCAGCAGCUUCGCCACCACGAAAACACCAUUGCGGAGGUGAAGGCCCUGGUGGCUCAACUGCAGGAACGGGAGGUUACGACAGACUGGGAAUGUCAGAUCCUGGCAAAGGACGUGGGCCAAGGCAUUAUAUGCAUCUCCACGGGCAGCACAGAGAAACCAUCAUGCAGCACGGCCUUCGGUUGGGUUGCGACGCCACGCACGAGAUCUCCAACUCCAAAGUGAAGCUUUUCGCAUUGGGUUGGCUUGCACAGCAUGAUGACGCCGGUGUCAUUCGCAACAUAUUCAUCCCGCUGGCCUUUGCGCUGGCACCAUCAGAAGACGGCACUGCAGCCCAUCUGCUGCUGCAGAGCACCGAUGGAUAUUUGAAGGAGGCAUGCGGAUUCACGCUGAACGAUGCCAAGGUUGCUCAUCCUGAUGGGGGCACCGGCCGCAUCAAAAGUUCCCAGGACUGCUUUCGAAUCGAAGUGCCUUUGGCCAGAAGUUUGCAACACAUUGAAAGGAACAUCCAAAAGGAAGGUGUCACGAAACUGCGGAGGACAAGUUGGUGGGAUACGGUGCAACGCUGGGUCAGCUUCAGCGCAUUCCUCCGCAGUGACUCCUUGUUUGAUCGUUUUUGGCACCACGCCUUCCCUAUUCUCAGGCAGCAGGAUGAAGAAAUGUUCGAACAAUACCUGGCUUCAGACAUACUCAGCCACGCGGGUGGGAAAUGGACGGCUUGGAGAGCCGGCCCGCUGGAGCCGGGAUAUCGGCCGCACGCUUUGAACUCCGCGGAUUCCUUUUUCAAAGUCCUGGACCACUAUGUGCCGGAUGAGAGCCUUCUAAGCUUGACAGAAGUUGUCUCCAAGUACGAGCAUGUCGGGCGGGUUUUCAAGAAGGAAAGGGAGUGGUCUCAGUUGUGCUUUGCUGUCUCCAUGCUAUCCACACCCGCAAUUUUUGCCGAGAUCCCGAACACCUUGAGCGAACGCCCGGAACAUUUCCAUGGCAAGCAAAUUCGCCGUAUGAGUGUGGCUGGCAUCAAGCGGGUCCUGGAGAGUGGUACACACAUCCGGGUGGAGGUCGCGGUGGAUGGUGCAACAAGAUUGGUCUUCUGCAAGUAUCAAGCCGCCGAUUUCGAUGAGCAGAAGAUGCGAAUGUUGGCGAAGUUGGAGACGACAGAAAAUGCAGAUCAAGUGGAUGCAUGCCUCCUAACCCUUGAAGCAUUAACACAAGAAGCGGAUGGAACUCACUUCCAUCCGCGUGUGCUUCGAGCAUUAUAUGUUCAGUUCACCGCAGUGUACAAGUACCUCCACAGCGCCAGCCCAGCCAAGGCCCUGGUUCAAGCGGAGAAGUCCUACGGCCAAGCUGCCGAGGACCUGAUGCGGCCGAACAGCACUUGGAGCUUUGCGUCUGCGCAAAAAGAGUUUGUGACAGAGCUGGCGCAAGAGAUGAGGCAAGAGCUAGCUCUCACGGAGGAGCGCCAGAGAACUGCCCAGACACAGCGAGCGACGGCAGACAUCAUAGGCAAGAUCCAGACCCAGAUGGACUACUUGGCCGGCAAGCUGCGUCAGUCAUCGACAGGCGGCCCAUGGAUGUUCUGGACGUCGUACCGGCUGCCAGGGACGCCCAUCUUCGUCUCUGGCCGUUACCAGGACGGCCGGACGAACAUCGAGCUGAACUUAGCCCCGAACAAG